CGGGUCCUCUGGCUGAAAAGGAGUGCUUUAUUUCAGUUUAGGUGGAAGGACAGAGUUCAUUUGAGCUGCAAACAUGAUUCUGCAAACCUCAAUGAGGAAUCUUGUAUUGUGAAUUUAUUUAUUUAACGAAUCUAUCAGUAAUUUUUCUUUCAUUUCGACCAGUGAGAAUUUGCCUUUUUUGGUUACUUCCCUUUUUAACUUUCAGCUUGAAUUUUUCCACAGUUUUUUGGACAGUUGACAAACAGGUGUCUACAAACCACAGAGUCGUAGGUACGCUGGUUUAUCAUUAAAUCAAGUAAAUAGACAAACUUUUUGUAAGUCUUUAUUUAAUUCUCAGCUCUGUGGAUUUGUCAUACAUUAGUCAGAGUGCAGGCACCACGGCCCUCCUCUCGACUCAAAUGAGGAAGUUCAGCUCUGAGCUUGUCGCAGCUUCCUUUUACAGCUUUGCGAGACAGGGGAUGAACACAUGAAAGAAUGGACUUGUAGAAGUUACACACAAUGAGGAGGUAAAACUUUGCCCGGACGAAAAACUGAGUCGGUGUUUCGGUUUUGCUGGAAUAUUGUUUGAGGUCAGCUGCAAAACUCUUGAGUUCAAGGGUCUGGGAUGAAAGACAGGAUGCAAAGUAGUCAGCCUUGGUACCAUAGCAAUAUCACUCGUUCCAAAGCUGAGGAUCUUCUGUCUAAAGCAGCAAGAGAUGGCAGCUUCCUUAUCCGGGACAGUGAGUCCAUACAGGGAGCAUAUGCCCUCUGUGUUCUAUACCAGAACUGUGUGUACACAUACAGGAUCCUGCCCAAUGAGGAUAAGAAGCUCUCUGUCCAGGCAUCUGAAGGAGUUCCUAUCAGGUUUUUCACUGUGCUGCCUGAGCUGGUGGAGGCAUAUUACAGUCCCAACAUGGGCCUGGUCACACAUCUGCAGUACGCCGUCCAGGGGGAAGAGGAGAUGGACGAGGAGCAAGAGUCCAACAGUCUUCCACCGCAGCUUCCACCCAGGAACUUCGCCACCAACGAUGUGAAGGACAGUGACUCCAAGUCAUCUGAACAGCCCUGCAAAUCUCUAUCAGAAACCUUCCAGAUGAGACUGCAGAAUAUCGACCUGUCCGUGAUACCGGACGAGCAUCAAAUGGCCAUCCAAGAAUAUUUCAGGACUUCAAUCUGCUUGGAUGUUGAACAAAUACAGAACGGUAACCCCAACCUCCCCGGACUAAAGAAGCUAAUGAUGUCAAUCUGCAAGAAUCUAUACAGUGACAUUUCCCAUGUUUUGCCGUCUCUGGAAGUCUUCAGUAAAGCACUGGACCAACAGCUUUGCCCAGGAGCUGGCCAAUGUCCAAAGCAAAUUUCUGUCGACUCAGGUCAGUCUUUGUCCUUUAGGCUUGAGCAACUGACAAAACUGCUCUACUCUAUAGAAGAUAAGGCAAGGUCUUCUAUCUUUGAAUCUGUUGGAUUUGAAGGAGGUCACAGGAAGUCUCUCAUCCCGCUUGUCAUGUUUGAGGUCAAGCAAGAAUCCCUUGGUAUUCCCACAAAGAUGUCACUGAAAGUGGAUGUAGAAAGUGGGAAGCUCUUCUUCAAGAAGUCCAAGGAUGGACCUGAAGACAAAUACUUUGUGCACAAUAAAAUCCUGCAGUUGGUGAAAUCUCAAAAAAUGCACACCAAACUUGUCAUCGUGGUGGAGACGGAGAAAGAGAAGGUUUUGCGUAAAGAGUUUGUGUUUGACGACACAAAGAAAAGAGAGGGAUUUUGCCAACUGCUUCAGCAAAUGAAAAACAAACACUCUGGGAAACCUGAACCGGAUAUGAUCUCUGUGUUUGUUGGCACCUGGAACAUGGGAAAUGCCGGCCCUCCCCACAACAUGAAAUCCUGGUUUCAGUGUAAAGGCCAAGGAAAGACACGAGACGAUACAGCAGAUCACAUCCCACAUGAUUUUUAUGUCAUCGGGACGCAGGAGGAUCCUUUGAAUGAGAGGGAGUGGGCAGACACAGUGAAAGGAGUCCUGAGGAACAUCACCAACAUCAGCUUCAAACAGGUUGCAAUUCACACGCUGUGGAGCAUUCGGAUUGUGGUCCUGGCCAAGCCCGAGCACGAGAACAGGAUCUCCCACCUUUUCUCUGACAGUGUGAAGACUGGCAUCGCCAACACACUGGGAAACAAGGGAGCAGUGGGAGUGUCCUUCAUGUUCAACGGGACGUCUUUUGGCUUUGUCAACAGUCACCUGACCUCAGGAAGUGAGAAGAAACUCAGACGUAAUCAAAACUACACCAGCAUCCUGCGAUUUCUGAAUCUGGGAGAUAAGAAGCUAAAUCCGUUUGACAUCACAAAUCGCUUCACCCACCUCUUCUGGCUCGGUGAUUUGAACUACCGCGUUGAAUUGCCAUCGACAGAAGCUGAGCACAUUGUGACAAAGAUCAAACAGCAGCAGUACCAGGAACUCCUCUGCAAAGACCAGCUCGGCAUGGAGAUGAAUGAUGAAAAGGUCUUUUUGCAUUUUGAGGAGGAGGAAAUCUUGUUUGCACCAACCUAUCGUUUUGAGAGAGACACGCGAGAGAAGUACGCCUACACAAAGGCCAAAGCCACAGGGACAAAAUACAAUUUACCCUCCUGGUGUGAUCGUGUCCUGCGGAAGUCGUACCCUCUGGUUCAUGUUGUCUGCCAAGCAUACGGGUGCACCAAUGACAUCAUGACAAGUGACCACUCGCCUGUAUUUGCCUCGUUUGAAGUCGGAGUUGCUUCACAGUUUGUCUCUAAGCAAGAUCCAAACAGUGCGCCUCAAGGCGGGAUACAGAUCAUGAACUGCGUGGCCACGUUGUUGACCAAAUCAAAGACCAAGUUCUUCAUCGAGUAUCACUCCAGCUGCUUGGAGAAAACUGUGAAGACGUCAGAGGGAGAGAACACAGAGCACUCAAAUGGGUCCAUAAAAGUUUGGUUUGGCAACCAAGUGACGCUCACCCCCAUCAUCUCUGACCCAGAGUACCUCUUGGACCAGCACAUCCUGAUCUGUGUGAAGUCCACAGACUGUGACGAGUCAUACGGUGAGGGCUGCGUUGCGCUGCGAGCUGCCCAGUUCUGCUACACGGAAUUCCAGGUCACACUGACUCACCACGGUGAGAAGACGGGUAGUAUGACAGGCGGGAUCCAGUUACAGACCUCUGAGUGCAAACCCACCGAGAAAUUGUAUGAUUUCAUCAAAAUCGAAAAGGAUGACCCCGUUACCUCCAAAGGCAAAGGCAACGACCUCAACAAGAGCGCAAACAUCAUAGCACAUGAUAUCUCCAACCCCAGUUACGCAGGAGUGACCUACAAAAGUGGGAAACUGAUGGAUAAAGGUUGGAGUUACAGCCUGCCACCAAAAACUCUUGCAACUGCCGGGCAGGGGGUUAAGGACUCCAAGAAUAUGAACAUACGCAGUCCCACAGGGAAACCCUGUUCCAUGGAGGAGGACGAGAAGAUGUCCGAGAUGUUUGACAACCCACUGUACGAUUCAAUGGCAAAGUCUCAUGGUCGGAGCAACCUCACAGUUCUGGACCCAUUCGUUGCGAUUUCAAAAUCACCAGAUGGAGACCCUGACCGCCCCCCGGUGCCCACACCACGCAACCGCUCCUUCACCUGCUCCGAGAACAAGUCUCAGACUCCCACCCCCAGCAUUUCACAUUCCUCAGCUCAAAAGAAACCAGUGGUGCCCUCGCGUUCUGAUGGCGGGACGGCACAUAGCCGACCUCCUUUGCCGGCCAAGUCCAGACCUGGCAUGCCGGAACCCCAGACCCCUAAACCCAGAGACUACAGAGACAGCAGCGAACUCCCCAGCAAACUCAGACCGCCUGCAAGACCUGGCCUGUCACAGCCUACCAAAGACGUACAUCCUGAAGUUCCUAAGAUGGGCCGCUCUGUGAAGUGAGAUCAGGACUCAGCUUUCUGCCCCACAUGUCUUGAAACAUGAAAUACACAAAGGACAACUUUCUGUGUCGCUGAUGAGUGACUAUUCGCUUUGGGAAAUAUUCCUUUUUCUUUCUUGCUGAGACUUGAUUCCUGUCUCAUAUUUUUCUUUUCAAAAUGAAGCUGUGGCCAAUGCUCGUUGACUUAGGUUUGCAUAAAGACUGGAAACAGGGCGAGGUCACACAUACGCAAAUAUUUCACAGCAAAAUCUCCUGUUCACUUCCUGUUCCUUCAAUUUCAAACAAGCAAGGGGCGAGUAAAACAUUAGCCCUUUUGUGAUGAGGCAAAACGCAGCCUGGCUUUGAUGAACUUUGACUUGUGAUAUUCGCUUUGUAUUGGUAGGUGUGGCUGCACGGACACCUGUUUUAACUGCCGAGGACUUGCUCCUCUGAAAGUUCAAUUUCCCAAGUUGUGAAGCUGUUAAGACCGGAAAACACAUGGAGGCUGUAUACCAAAUGUUUUUUAACAAUAUUAACAUAAGAAUGAAAAUCAAAGAAAAAGGAUCAGAUUUGACAGGCACAUAAAUAAUUGUACAGUAUGUGCAGCUAAAAAGUCUCAUGCUCUGGAGCCUUUGAGAGAUAGACAUUAAGUUAGUAAGUGACAAAAGUUUAACAAUUGACAAGUUUAUAGUACGAUUUACAAUAGCUAUUCGGAAAAUAAUAUUAUUUCACAGGUGAUGGCAUCAGCGACUCUGCCUGAGUUCCAAAUGUUUCACGACUUUCUUCUAUGGCGUUCAGCUGAAAUUUUCAGUAACACUUUUUUCUGAUUAUUCCGAUACCACAUGAACACACAAUAAGCCUUUAUGCUAAGCUAAGCUUAAACCAUAUUUAACCAUGAGAUAGUGUAUGUGGUUUCAGUCUUGGUGCUGGUGAGGGAUUCUCUUUAGCAAAGUGUGUAACUGUUCCUUUUAAGGGGAUACAUCAGAGACACAUCUUUAGACCUAACUGAAUGAAGGAAUUAGCAUUAACUGAACUCUGCUAUGAAACAAUUCUGUUACAUUUCAUGUUGUUGUUCACACUAUACAGUAGCUAACGAGUGUUUACUGCACAGUAUUACUUGCACAGACAUUGACGUUUGUCUUGAAGAUGUGUUAGAAAUGCUCCAAUAAAUCUAUAUAUUAAAGCUCAA